AUGGACCCAGCCACGCCGCCGCCUCAAAAACAGCUACGCCCGCUGCUCCCUGCGCAGCCCGGACAAUGGCCAGUGCCCGGACUGCCGCCUGGCCGCAAGCCCGGCGGGGCCUGCGACCACUGUCGGCGCCGCAAGGUCAAGUGUGACGGCGCCCGGCCCGCAUGCAAGUACUGCACGAAACGCGGCCUGGCAUGCCGCUACCCGACCCUCGAGGGCGAGACGCGCUCCCAGGCGCUCAAGCGCAAGUAUGGCGAGCUGCAGUCUCUCGAGGACCCCUAUGUCCGCGUCUUUGCCGCGCUCCGGGACCGCCCCGAGGCCGAGGCCACGGCCCUCCUGCGUCGCCUGCGCCAGAGCGACGACGUGCGCUUUCUCGCGCGCCAGAUCGAGCAGGGCGACCUCCUGCUCCAGCUGGCCCUGACCCCCGAGACCAACUACCGCUACGAGUUCCCGCUGAAGACCACCAUGCCCAUCCACCUGCUGACCCCUGACAACCACUAUCUGGACUCGCUCGUGUACGAGUGGGCGCCCAGCACACGGCCACGCGACCCGCCAUCGUCAUCGGCACUCGCGUCUCUCGAUGUGCUGACGCAGACGCCGUACCUCAAGCCGUUCCACGCCGCCAGGGUUGUGCACCCGCUGCUCGACCGGGUCUGCCCGUCGAGAUGGACGACCGUCUCCGCCGACGACAAGCUCAUGCGGGCGAUUCUCGAGGCGUACCUGCUACAGGAGUACCACUCGUACACCGUCAUUCAGAUCGACUACUUCCUCGACGACAUGGCCAACAUGCGGGACGAGCUGUGCUCGCCUUUGCUUGUCAAUGCCGUGCUGACCUUUGCCUGCAGCAGCUUCCGGCCCUUCCCCGACCGCGUCAAGUACUGGGACCCGGCGACGCUGGGGUACCGGUUCUUUGCCGAGACGCGGCGGCUGUGGGACCUCGAGUCCGACAAGGCCAGCAUCCCGGCCAUCCAGGCCGCUGUCAUCAUCCACGCGUACUACUGCCUCUGCGGGCUCGACAUGCUCGGCUGGACGUACACGUUCCGCGCCGUGCAGAUGGGCCACGCCAUGAACCUCUUCAACGGGUGUCCCGGGCCCGACACGACGCCGCGGAUGCACAACGCGGCCGGCUUUGUGGCCUGGGCGCUGUACUCGUGGCAGGCGUAA